AUGAGAAGUAAAUGUCUCCUUUUACUGUUGAUCAUAACUUCCAUCUACGUUGGAGUUUCUGCAAAGAAUCACUCCUCAAGACCUAUUUUAAGGAGAAGUGAUUUCCCAGAAGAUUUCAUUUUUGGAUCUGCCACUUCUGCAUACCAGUGUGAAGGUGCUGCUCAUGAAGAUGGUAGAGGACCAAGUAUCUGGGACACCUUCUCUGAAAAUUUUCCAGAGAAGAUAUUGGAUGGUAGUAAUGGGUCCAUUGCUGAUAAUUCUUACAACCUAUACAAGGAAGAUGUGAAUUUGCUGCAUCAAAUUGGCUUCCAUGCUUACCGAUUCUCGAUCUCAUGGUCACGGAUUUUGCCUCGUGGGGAUUUAAAGGGAGGUAUCAACCAGGCCGGAGUAGAUUAUUACAACAACUUGAUUAAUCAACUUCUGUUAAAAGGAAUGAAGCCAUUUGUCACAAUCUUUCACUGGGACCUACCAGCGGCACUUGAACAUGCUUACGGUGGCUUCCUCGGAGCUGAGAUUGUGAAUGAUUUCCGGGACUAUGCAGAACUCUGCUUCCAGAAAUUUGGAGAUAGAGUGAAACAUUGGGUGACAGUAAACGAGCCAUUUACAGUGGUACGUGAUGCUUACAUAAUUGGUCAAAAGGCACCUGGAAGAUGUUCCAGUUUCACUAAUCCUAAUUGCACCGGGGGUGAUGGAGCCACCGAACCUUACAUCGUCGGCCAUAACUUCCUCCUCGCUCAUGGAGCCGCCGUCAAGAUAUACAGAGAAAAGUACCAGGCAAUUCAGAAAGGCAAAAUUGGUAUCGCCUUAAACACAGAAUGGCACUACCCUUACUCGGAUUCUUAUGCUGACAAACUAGCCGCAGCUCGAGCCACGGCCUUCACCUUUGACUACUUCUUGGAGCCAAUCGUCUAUGGUAGAUACCCAGCCGAAAUGGUAAACCAUGUGAAAGACGGUCGCCUUCCUACAUUCACACCAGAAGAGUCAUCAAUGCUAAAAGGAUCAUAUGAUUUCAUAGGUCUUAACUAUUACUUAUCUUUCUACGUUAAAGACGUGCGGUGUGCAACUGAAAACAUCACCAUGUACACCGAUCGUUGCGCCAGCACAGUAGGUGAGCGAAAUGGAGUGCCUAUCGGUCCAACGGUAGUUUCUACAAUCUAUGAUUCAAUUCAGGCUGGUUCGAGUUGGCUUAUGAUAUACCCCAAGGGUAUUCGUGAUCUUCUACUGCAUGCAAAAUUAAAAUACAAUGAUCCCGUCUUGUAUAUAACAGAAAACGGAGUGAAUGAACCUAACACUGGAGAAAUCUUUCUUAAUGACGACUUGAGAAUUGACUACUACGCUAAUCACCUUAAGAUGGUUCGCGAUGCAAUCUCGAUGGGGGUGAAUGUGAAAGGAUAUUUUGCAUGGUCGUUGAUGGAUAACUUCGAGUGGUCGGAAGGAUACACGGUCCGGUUCGGGAUAGUGUAUGUGGACUUCAGAAAUGGACGUAAGAGGUAUCCCAAGAAAUCAGCUAAGUGGUUUAGGAGAUUGUUGAAGGGAAAGUAUAAUGGGACUAAACAGCAAGUGGCUGUUAUGUAGUAAAUCACGAUUUGUUGUCUACAUAUGAUAGGAUAUGUAGCGUGC